AUAGUGAAUGUGUACGAAAUAAGAAGCUGUAAAUUGUAUCUGUUAAUACCCAGCUGAUGUUUGUUUGUAUUGGAAUUAGAAAACGCAAUUUUAGUUGAUUUAUAAUUGUGUAUUUCCUAAAUAAUAUAAUAAAAUAUUACAAUUGAAGUUAAUUGAAAGUUGAAAUAACAUUGAGAUGGAUUCCAAAAAUUCAGCGCAGUCAAAUCCCAGCCUGAGUCAAUAUUUCGCCGACGAUCCACCAAGCUUUUUUGAUGAAUUGGCAAAUAGCAGUACACACAAGGAUAGUGACAACGCUACCGGGCUGGCACCAGUAGCACCGCCACGUACAAAUCAAAAACCACAACCGGCGCCCAGCAAUUUGACAGCGAAUACUUUUAGUGGUGCUUUUAAAGCUCCGGAAUAUAUAGAAAAUGCUCUGGACGGUGAAGACGAUCUCAAAGUUUCGGAGUAUGUACGAAAUUUCUGGGAGCCAGCAACUUGUGAACAUGGUGGUAUGCGGCCACCAUUGCUAACGACACCAGGCAUACAGACGCCAAAUGAUCUGCCGGACUUAAUUGCUGAGGCAGUGUUGAAACAUUUAGGUGAAACAGAGUUGUCGCAACGAAAUAUACUGGGCAUAGACAAUGUUACACAAGAUGAGCGUGGUUUGCGUACAUUAAUAAGUGCUGGUUGCUACCGUUCGGCUGUAAACCUAACCGGACGUUUGUUGACAAUCUAUGGUCAAGGUUACGGACGAGCAGGGCAGCCUGCUAAACAUUCACCACACUCACUGCAGUUGUGGUUCACCCGUUUGGCACUUUUAGCUAAAUUGGGUGAAUUCGAGCUACUACAAGCAGAAGCAGAACCAUUCGAUCAACUCAAUCGACCAGAUGUCUACUAUGAGUUCUAUCCGGAAAUGUAUAACGGCAAAACAGGUUCAAUAGCUUGUUUCUCAUUUCGUUUACUACUUGCUGAGUUGCCCAUUUAUUUGAAUAAUCCACACUUGGGGUUAGAUCGACUCUCAGAACUUUAUGUGAUAUGUAAUGAAAUACGAAAAUAUUUCGCUGGACGAGAGCCCAAAGAAGCUGAACAAUUUUGGUGGCGCCGAGAGAUGCGUGUUCUACAUUCCAUAGUCAACUGCGCUUUAAUAAUGAAAAAGUUCAAUUUGAUUGAUGACAUCAUACGCGGCAUGAUAUUAGAAAAGAACGAUUUGAGCAAAGAAGAACGUCGAGCAUUGUAUUCCGCGUGGGGACGCAUUUAUUUGCAAAUUGGUGACAUAUUUGGCGCUGAACAAAAAUUUGCGGAGGCGCGUCGCAUGCGCGAAAUCAACUCCACAGCCGACUUGCGUGACUUGGUAGACAAAGGUCUAAUUACCGUAGCCGAAAAUGAUUUCCGUGGCGCCUAUGCUAUUUUCCAAAAGGCCUUACAUUUAGAAUCCGGCAACACAAUGAUACUAAACAACAUGGGCGUUUGCCUGCUAUACGAAGGCAAACUAAAAGAAGCUAUUAAACUAUUUGAACAUGCAAUCAAUUUGAAUCCGCAAAAAUCGCUAAAUGAGAGCUUACUAGUUAAUUUAUCCACACUUUAUGAAUUGGAGUCAAAUAAUUCAAAGCAUAAAAAACUAAAUUUACUGCGGCUGAUCAAUAAAUAUAAGCCGGAUUUAAAUAUGGAUUUAAAGAUUUGCUUGAAAUUAGAAUCUGUAAAUUGAUAUGAAGCAUUUGACAAUGAAAUUCGUGUAUUUAUAUAGAUUUAAAUUU